AAAUUUCGAAUUUGAGACAAGGGAAAAAAUAUGUUUUGCUAAAUUUGUCAAUUUGAAGCUGGCGUCCGCUCCUGCAGUGUACAACCAUGGAAGACGCCAUAAAAUACGAGGAGAGAGAAUCUGAACUAUCACACAUUCACACUGACCAGUGAAACCAACACUUGAAACCCAGAUGAUUACUUUACAAAUUCUUCUUUGGAGUUUUGUUUUUGAUAGUGUUGUCUUCAGAUAGACCCUUCCUCUUCAGGAAAUUGCUUGGUGAUUUCGCUAAUUUGAUAUAUUCUGAAAAUGAAUUAUUGGCUGCAUUUGUUACUUUAUCAGAAACACAACAAAAUAGAAACCUGUUGAGUCUAGUUCACAGUAUAAAAGUUGUUGGGUUUUCACCUCUCAACUCUCAACUUUCAAGCUCUACUUUCCCUGCUUUAGCUUGUGGCUCAAGCCUCAAGUUCCAGAUUGUUACUCGUUUGGUAAAGAAUGGAGUAUACAGAGAGGAUGGGAAGCAGAACUCGUAUGAUCUUGGUUGUAUGGUUUUGUUCAUGGACUUUGUCAUCUUCUAUGGUUGCAAGCGCUGAUGUGUGGACACGAAUAGAGCUAAAGAAGCGGCCAUUAGACUUGACGAGAGUUACUGCUAAAGGCUUUAAUGUUAAACGUGAUCAUAAGGAUCUAAAUUCUGCCAUUGUUUAUUUGAAAAAUUUUAUGAAUAUUCAAUAUUAUGGGGAGAUUGGCAUUGGCACCCCUCCCCAAAAGUUCAAUGUGGUCUUUGAUACUGGUAGCUCAAACCUUUGGGUUCCAUCAUCUACAUGCUUCUUUUCGAUUGCUUGCUACUUUCAUAACAGUUACAGGUCAAAGCUGUCGACGACAUACACCAAGAUUGGCAAACUUUGCAAGAUUCCUCAUGGUUCUGGAUUUAUUUCGGGAUUCUUUAGCCAAGAUAAUGUUAAAGUUGGUGGUCUUCUUGUCAAAGAUCAGGUGUUUGUUGAAGCAGAGAUUGAAAGAUCUUUAGAUCUCAUACUUAUGGACUAUGAUGGGAUAGUUGGUUUAGGAUUCCAGGAUAUGUCUGUUGGGGAUGUUCCGCCACUAUGGUACAAUAUGGUGCAGCAGGGACUUUUUAGCAGGCAAAUCUUUUCUCUCUGGCUGAAUCAGGACCCAGAAGAUAAAGAGCUUGGUGGUGAAAUUGUUUUCGGUGGAACCGACUGGAGACAUCAUCAGGGCGAUCAUACUUAUGUUUCAGUGGCUGAUAAUGGUUACUGGCAGAUAGAAGUAAAGGAUCUUCACAUAGGAAGCUGCUCAACAGGUCUAUGUUUGGAUGGCUGUGCUGCUAUUCUUGAUUCUGGGACCUCACUACUUGCUGGUCCAGCAAUGGCUGUGGAUAGAAUUCACCAUGCCAUUGGAGCAGAAGGAAUAGUCAGUUUGAAAUGUAAAACUGUUGUUUCGAAGUAUGGGACCCGAAUAUGGGAUCGUCUAAUAUCAGGGUUAGAACCAGAAAAAAUUUGUUCAGACAUCGGCUUGUGCAUAUAUAAUAACUCAUCCUCAGGGCAUAUGAGUGGAAAAAAUGGAACAUUUUUUAAUGGAAAAUUCGAGGAAGAGUCAAACACAUCAUUUUGUGGUUUCUGUGAGAUGGCAGUAAUCUGGGUACAAGUGCAAAUAAAAGAAAGGAAAGCAAAGGGAAAUAUAUUCAAAUAUAUGAAUAAGCUGUGUGAGGAAAUUCCAAAUCCCGGGCAAAAAUUGUUCGUUGACUGCGAGAAAAUUGGAGACAUGCCACCUAUUUCAUUCAACAUUGGGGACCAAGCCUUUCCUCUCAUGCCAGAGCAGUACAUCCUUAAAGUAAAAGAAGGUUGUUCAAAUGUGUGUUUUUCUGGGAUUGUUGCUAUGGAAGUGCCUCCUCCACAAGGGCCACUUUGGAUUCUUGGUAACAUCUUCUUGGGAGCUUAUCACACAAUCUUCGACUUUGGGAAUCUCCAAGUAGGAUUCGCCAAAGCUGCUUAAUACCAUCUGCUGUUCAUCCAUAUUUUGUACUCCUAUAAAAGUUUCACCAAGAGUUUGUUGAUGUAGUUUGUAAUACAACUUUGAAAGCUCAAUUAGCAGCUCAUUUGAGUUCGGCUAAGAUUCCCUUAUUUAAUAUAUGAGUCAAGUUUGUACAAGUUCUAAAGCUCAUUUGAUAAUAAGCAUGAACUUAUCACAUAUACAUUCCUGUAUAAGUUCAUGAACAUGUUUAUAUAUGGUUAUGAACAAUUCAAUUUUUUUGUUUAAA